UCAGUCUGCAAGGAUCUCUCGUCUCGAUCGGUACCAAUCGAGAUACGGUGCGCUGAGAAACUCUAUUGCGAGUUCUAGGAAUCGAACACAUUUUUUUUCGUUUCAUAUCGAACGAACCGACAGUUGGUUUUGAAGGUCGAAGAGUAAGAUCUCUUGCGUCGAGCCGAUAAAUUGUGUGUGUGAGUGAACCCCGAGGAGUUUAUUUUAAAGCGCCGAUAGUCCUUAUCUUAGAAGUAACCGUCAACAAACAACAACAACAGCAGCAAAGAUGCCUUUCAAGCCAGCUGAAAACCCAAAGUGUCCCAAGUGCGGCAAGUCGGUGUACGCCGCUGAGGAACGAGUCGCCGGUGGACACAAAUGGCACAAAGGAUGCUUCAAGUGCGGAAUGUGCGGCAAGAUGCUCGACUCCACAAACUGUGCAGAGCACGAGAACGAGCUGUACUGCAAAAAUUGCCACGGACGCAAGUACGGACCAAAGGGAUACGGUUUCGGUGGUGGCGCUGGAUGCCUAUCGAUGGACACCGGCGCCCAUCUGUCGAACGAUGGAACUAACGGAACUAACGGGCACUUUGAGCCGAAACCAAUGUCGAAAGCACCCGAAGGAGAAGGUUGCCCCCGUUGUGGUGGAUAUGUUUACAUGGCCGAGCAAAUGUUGGCACGUGGAAGAGGCUAUCACCGACGCUGCUUCAAGUGCUUAGUCUGCAAUCGCACCCUCGACUCGACGAUCCACUGCGAUGGUCCCGACCAAGAGAUCUACUGCCGAGGAUGCUACGCCAGUAGAUUCGGUUCUCGCGGAUACGGCCACGCGGGUAUAUCGUUCCUCGGUCUAAUGAGCGACGCGAGGGAUCUGGAGGUCCAGAGUGAAUUCUCACCGAAACUAUCGGCUUCCGAUACGGCAACCAUCAAGGCUUCCCCUGGCCAGGGAUGUCCUCGCUGUGGAGGCGUCGUAUUCGCCGCCGAGAUGGUCCUCUCCAAGGGUCGUGAGUGGCAUCGCAAGUGCUACAAGUGUCACGAUUGCACCAAGACGCUCGACUCCAUCAUCGCUUGUGAUGGUCCGGAUAGGGAUGUGUACUGCAAGACUUGCUACGGCAAGAAAUGGGGACCCCAUGGUUAUGGCUUCGCCUGCGGCUCAGGAUUUUUGCAAACGGAUUGCAUGACCGAUGAACAAAUAGCCGCUCAGAAGCCAUCUGUAGCGAUUGAUACCACCACGAUCAAGGCCCCGGCCGGCCAGGGAUGCCCACGUUGUGGUGGCAUGGUCUUCGCUGCGGAACAGCAACUGGCCAAGGGUACCAUGUGGCACAAAAAAUGUUUCAACUGUGCUGAGUGCCACAGACCACUCGAUUCGAUGCUUGCCUGCGAUGGACCCGACAGGGAGAUCCACUGCCGCGCUUGCUACGGAAAACUGUUCGGUCCUAAGGGAUUCGGCUUUGGCCACACACCUACACUUGUGUCUACCGACGCCCAGGCUUCCCCUGUACUUACUGAUUUUAAACCAAUGAACGGUCCCAAGGCGAAGGACGGUAAGGGUUGCCGCCGCUGUGGUUAUGCCGUGUACGAAGCGGAGAAGAUGCUCAGCAAAAAUCUGAUCUGGCACAAGCGUUGCUUCAGCUGUUGCGACUGUCACAAGUCACUGGAUUCGACCAAUCUGAACGAUGCCCCCAACGGAGAGAUCUACUGCAAAGGUUGCUAUGGCCGCAACUACGGCCCACGUGGUGUAGGAUUCGGCCUUGGCGCUGGAGCGCUGACGAUGGCCUAAACCCAUCGUGCUGUCGAAUUUUUUGGUUUUGUUCAUUUUAUUUUUCACAACAAUAGUAGAAAGAAAACAUGUAUUUUUCGGCUUCCCAGGCGGGGAAGCUGACAGACUUGGACAUUGCUAUAUCCUCACCCUUUAAUUAUUCGAUAACCACUUUGACAAUGUAUUUUAGUCACAUAUCUCUGACUAAUCAACCAGUGCGUAAGAUGUUGGAAGAGCUUAGCUGCUCACACAAAAAAAGGAAGAAGAAAGUUUGCAUUAGUUAAUAUCCUCUGCCUGCCACAAAGCUCCGGUAAAUUUCUUGUUCAACUAAACCUCAAAAAAUGAGCAGCCUUCAGCCUCCAAACUUAGUGAUUUACUUGCGAACGACCAGGACCAGGAACCUGCGAUCAUCACAGUUCAGCGAUAUCACCAUAUCAUUACUAUCAUCCUAAAAUAGCGACCCAAGCAACUGGGCACGGAAACAGAACCACACUUUUUGCAACCCUACUACCCUUCUGUAUUAAUAAUCCACCCACGAAAACACACACACACAAAUGCCCCCACACGCCCAGAGGAACUCCGAAAAUCGAGCAACCAAUCACCGGAUGUACUCCAGAGCGUGUGACUUAGAAGGAACAGAAAGUGAUGAGAGUGACGAAAGCUAUUGUGAGACAUUAGAGAGAGAAAAAAAAAUUAUUGGUUAUUAAGUGCGCGCUUUCGUAACAUAACAUAAAAAGGAAGCUUUCUUGGAGAACCGAAGCCGGAAUCGGUUUGCUGGACAACUCCCCCCAAUGCCAAAUAGCUUCAACCAAUGCGCGCCCACUUUUCGGCACGUGGAGCAAACAAACAAAAAAAACAAUUUAACACAAAUUAGAGCUAGAUAGGGAAUGAAUGAAUUUCAAACGAUCGAACAAACAAAAGUUGAUACACAAUUUUGUGCAUAGGCGGCUAGUUUUUUUUUUAAAUAUAUAUUUAUACACACACUCUGAGAACCGAAAUCAAUUGUUUGUAUCACAUUUGAUUAUCAUCAUUACUAUAAUUUUGCUAAUUAAUAAAUCGUAUACAAGAGAGGAAAGCGCUAAGUUAGAUAGAGACUACAUAAUGUUAUGUAAAAAAAGAUAUUUAUUCGAUAAAUAAAGAUACUAAAACCCAAAUUUUCUGAA